UACCCCCCCGUGUUUCAUGUGACUGUAAUUUGCAAGUCAAUGUUCAUUCUUUACCGCAAUUAAUUUUCCGAAACUUCUGUCCAAUUGCCUAUACAUGUAUAUAACAUAGCGAAGCAUGCAAACCAAAGAACAACCAACAGCUUUCCGAUUUCCAUAUUACUCUCUGAACAUAUCCAAUUUCCAUAUUACUUUCUUGAACUAUCAUCCUGGAUCAAACGAAGCAGCUUCAAUCUCAACAACAAUAUCUGUAUUGCCAGAUGAAGUCCGAAGCCUCUGAUAUUAUACCACCAAGACAUAACUCUGCCACUUAUAAGCCAAGCAUUUGGAAAUAUGAUUUCAUACAGUCCCUUCAUACCAAAUAUGAGCAGGAAGAGGGAUAUAGACUCCGGGCUGAUACAUUGAAAGAGGACGUGAAACGUAUGUUUGUUGAAGUCAUAGACGUUUUAGCUAAGCUAGAACUAAUUGACAACAUCAGGAUAUUAGGUCUGUCCACCUUCUUUGAGGACGAAAUUCAGGAAGCUUUAGAUGACAUAGCUUCAAUUCAGAAUGAUAAAUCUUGUGUAGAAGAGGACCUUUAUGCCACUGCUUUAAGCUUUAGGCUCUUCAGGCAGCAUGGCUAUGAAAUUUCACAAGAUAUCUUUAGUGGCUUCAUGGAUGAAGAUGGUUCAUUUUCAACGACAAAAUGUAGAGAUGCGAAAGGAUUGAUCGAACUAUUUGAAGCCUCAAAUCUGGCUUUAGAGGGUGAAAACAUUUUGGACAAGGCUAAAGUUUUCUCAAUUGGAACCCUGAAAGAUAUCCAUUGUUGUAAUUUGGAUAGUGAACUUGCGGAGAAAGUUGCCCAUGCUUUGGAACUUCCUUUGCACAGAAGAGUGCCGUGGUUUGAAGUCAGAUGGCACAUGAACGCUUACGAGAAGGAAAAACAAAUGAACGCAAGUUUAUUGGAGUUAGCAAAACUCAACUUUAAUAGGGUUCAAGCCACACUCCAAAAUGAUCUUAGGGAGGUUUCCAGGUGGUGGAGGAAUCUUGGCCUAAUUGAGAAAUUAAAAUUUACCAGAGAUCGACUGGUUGAAAGCUUCAUGUGUGCAGUGGGACUUGUUUAUGAGACUGAGUUCAGCUGUUUUAGAAUAUGGCUCACUAAAGUCGUUAUCUUCAUACUAGUGAUCGAUGAUAUUUAUGACAUUUAUGGUUCAUUGCAACAACUAAAACACUUCACCAAUGCUGUUGAUAGAUGGGAUUCCAAGGAAAUUGAACAUCUGCCAGAGUGUAUGAAGAUAUCUUUUCAGGCACUGUAUGACACUACUAACGAAGUCGCUUAUGAAAUUCAGAAGAAGGGUUGGAACGAUUCCGUCUUACCUCAACUGAAGAAAGUGUGGGCAGAAUUUUGUAAAUCAUUAUUUGUGGAAGCGAAGUGGUACCACGAUGGACAUACCCCAUCCCUGCAAGAGUAUUUGAGUAAUGCAUGGAUUUCAUCAUCCGGUACAGUGCUUUCUGUCCAUUCAUUUUUCUCAAUAAUGAAUGAGGCCACAGUGGAAAUGAUAGAAUUUCUCAGGAAAAAUCAGGAACUCGUGUACAAUUCAUCUCUAGUAAUCCGGCUAUGCAAUGAUCUAGGCACUUCAGCGGUGGAACUGGAGAGAGGUGAUGUAGCUUCAUCAAUCUUGUGUUAUAUGAGAGAAUUGGAUGUAUCAGAGGAGAUAGCUCGGAGUCAUAUUAAAGAAAUGAUAAAUAAUAGUUGGACAAGUAUUAAUGGACACUGUUUCACCCAAUCGUCUUUGCUGAAACCAUUUGUGAAUAUUACCACAAACUUUGCACGUGUGGCGCACUGUCUUUACCAGAAUGGAGAUGGUUUUGGAGUUCAAGACCGUGAUACUAAGGAGCAAAUCCUCUCUUUACUCAUCAAACCUAUUUAAAACUAUACAUGAGUUUCAAGUUUAAUUAUAAGGUUUCCAAGCUUUCAAUUAAUAAGUAUGUAUGAUAGUGUAAGUUAUGUACGUUGAGAUUCCAGUACAUAAUAAUGUACUGUUGAAGAAUUUACGAUAGUCAUGAAAUCCUCUCCUGCUUCCAAAUUCGAAUUAUAUAUGCUGUCUAAUUUAAUCUGUUACUUUAUUUAAUGUAAUAAUCGGACUCAGAAAUUAAGUGCAAUAA